AUCAGUUGCGCAGCAAGAAAGCCGUUUGUAAUGAAACGGGACGAGGGCGGACUUUUUCGAGGGACGGUUUCCGGGUUUCCCUUCCUGGGCUGGGACAGCGGCAAGAGGAAGAGAGCUUCUGUUGAUUUACAAUAUUUCAAAGUUUACAAUCAGGCUCAUCAGUAAACAGAAGCGAUGUCUCAGUCUGGAGAAAAAGGGAAGUUCCCAGAUGCUACAGGUUAUGUAGGGUUUGCCAACCUGCCAAACCAAGUGCACAGAAAAUCGGUGAAAAAAGGGUUUGAAUUCACACUAAUGGUUGUUGGAGAGUCUGGUUUGGGGAAAUCAACACUAAUAAACAGCCUGUUCCUCACUGAUCUGUACCCUGAACGCUACAUCCCUGGUGCUGCAGAGAAGAUUGAGAGGACGGUGCAGAUUGAAGCAUCAACCGUGGAGAUCGAGGAGAGAGGAGUGAAGCUUCGCCUCACUGUGGUCGACACCCCUGGAUACGGCGACGCCAUCAACAGCCAGGACUGUUUCAAGACCAUCAUCCAGUACAUCGACAAUCAGUUUGAGCGUUACCUUCACGAUGAAAGCGGACUGAACAGAAGACACAUCGUGGACAACAGGGUGCACUGCUGCUUCUACUUCAUAUCUCCCUUUGGACACGGUCUUAAGCCUCUGGAUGUGGAGUUUAUGAAGGCCAUCCACAGCAAAGUCAACAUAGUCCCAGUCAUCGCCAAGGCUGACACACUGACGCUGAGAGAGAGGGAUCGUCUGAAGAGAAGGAUCCUGGAUGAGAUCGCAGAGCAAGGGAUCAGAAUUUAUCAGCUACCUGACGCCGACUCUGACGAGGACGAGGAGUUCAAGGAGCAGACCAGAGUCCUGAAGGCGAGUGUUCCCUUUGCUGUGAUUGGCUCUAACCAGCUGAUUGAGGUGAAGGGGAAGAAGAUUCGUGGCCGUCUGUACCCCUGGGGAGUUGUUGAAGUGGAGAACCCUGAGCACAAUGACUUCCUCAAACUUCGCACAAUGCUUGUGACCCACAUGCAAGACCUUCAGGAGGUAACUCAGGAUCUGCACUAUGAGAACUUCCGAUCAGAGAGGCUGAAGACAGCGGGCAGGGCUGUGGAUGAGGAUGUUGUGGACAAGGACCAGAUCCUGCUACAGAAAGAGGCUGAGCUGAGGCGCAUGCAAGAGAUGAUCGUUCAGAUGCAGGCACAGAUGAAGAUGAAAUCAGACGAGUAAGAGAGUCGGAGUAGAAGGGAAGCACAAACACACACACACACAUACACACACACACAUACACACACACACACACACACACACAUACACACACACACACACACACACACACACACACGUGGUGUUAUCUAGGAUAACAUCAUCUAUUUUCUGCACAACUCAAACACCACUUUCAAUUCUCCUCCUCCCUCCAAACAUCCAUCCAUCAGCUGUUCAGGAACUCCUCUCUGUCACAAUCCACAAUCACUGAUUGUUCUUCCUUGCUACUAGUCUGAUGAGUUGAAGUAGGCAUAAUCAAAAAGGAUGAAAACAAGAUGUAUGGGAUAACUAUGAACUACUGUAUAUCAGUUAUAUAGCAGUUAAUUUGAAUUGUGGUCUGCAGCGCUGCAAGUGAGUACGGUACUAAGAUGUUUUCAAUCACACUGACAUUUUUACAAAUUGUGCAUUACGGUCAAGUCCAGGCUCCAUAUGCCACCAUGUCUCAUUUAUAUUGUUAUUGGAUGAAGGGAUUGUUUACCUUUUUUCUUUUUUUAAUGACAUUUGUUGCCUUUCAUGUUAUUAAUAGCUUAGGAUUGGUACAGUAGACGAUCAUGACAGCCAUGUGUAAUUGUGGUUAUAAAUGAGUUGUCUAAUUUGUCUGGUUUUUAAGUAAACAAAUUUGACCUUAAUUAUGUUAAACUAGAAACCUUCUUUUGUAACCUUGUUUUGUAGCAAACUAUAAUCUAAUUAUUUUUUAGCUUUUUGGUUUGAAAGCUUCUACAGUAAGCUAUAUGCAUAAAUAAAAUGAAUAGCUCAGUUCUAAGAUGAAAUAACUAGGCUUAUUGUUCAAUAAAAUAAACAAAAUCUUCUUAAUAUAUUUGUAUUUACCAUCAAGAGUUGCUGAUAUAAAUGUCCGUGCCAAACUACAGACUGAACACUAAUCAAACAGUUCAGUUUAAGAAACUUAAAGUGUCUUAUAUGCUCCUUCAGUAAUGUUUGUGUUUAAUGUUCUGUUUGUACACUACAUGUGCAGUGUCUUCGUGUUGUAUUUGAGCCUUUUCCCAUUUAAAAAAAAAAAAAAAAAACAUACUAGAAAAUUUAACUUUAUGGUGUUUGAACUCCCUCUAUCUUUUCUGAGACUGAACAAUUAUUAUUUUUUCUUUAUUAGAGAAACUAACUGUGCUUUAUUGGCAUCAUUUUGUUUCACUAUUGUUUUGCUCUCUUAUGCAAAUGUCUAACAGGAACUUAUUAAGAGACAGUUAUUGUUUCUUAACCAUAUAUAAGUAGGAACUUGUUUUUAAGUGUCAAACUUUUGUACUUCUCUCAAUAAAAUUUGUUUUUAGACAAAAA